AAGCCAUUGUUACUGCACUUGUGACAGUAUUUUCCACCAUCGAAACCCUUUUUUAUCUGGUAUGUCUUCGAGAUGGCUUUGAUAAUAGUUUCAUCCAUGUGGAAGUGCUAUAGAUUAGAAAUGUUGUUUGGAAAACGGUUCUUUAGUUGAUUGAAAGGUGGGAAGAUGGUGGAAUGUACUAGAUACAACAGUUAUCGACAUUGAAGAAGUUGCAGACACGAUAACUCAUUCGACCUUGGACCAACACAGGUAUUGCUUUCCGUGUUUUUUUCGAUUUCGUUGGCACGGUGAUAAUUACAAAUCGUUUUUGAAUUGAGAGAUGCUUGACAAAGAUCAUAAUCAUAUGAAGGGAAUUCUUGAUCAAUACGAAGUUGUUGAAUGUUUGGGAAAAGGAUGUCAAGGAACAUCAUAUAAGUUGAGACGUCGAGAUAAUUUCGAAUAUUUUGUAUUAAAGAUGAUAGAGUGUAGAAGUCUAGACCAUGGAUAUUUAUUGUGUGAGGAGUUUUAUCAUAUUCAGAAGUUCAUACAUCCAUACUUAUCAAGAAUUUUAGAAAUUCAUAUGUCAAUGAACUCAGAAAACUCGGCAAUUUAUGUGUCUGUUAUCCGUAACUAUAUCGAUCUGCCAAGCUUAGACUCCAUAAUUAAAGACAACAUAGAAAAAUCUAGGUUGGAGUGGAAUUUAAUAUACCGAAUGUUUGGAAGCGUGCUGACUGUUAUAACUUCACUGAAAAAAGCGAAUUGUGGCUCUAUCUAUUUUCAUCCUGGUAAUAUUUUUCUUAGUGAGAAAGGAUUUUUUAUGACGGAUAUUUGGGGUCCGAAUCUGAUGAAGUAUGCUCGUGGAGUAGAUGUUUAUGUGCAAUCAUUUGAAUACAUAAUGAAUCCCGAUCUUUUAGGUGAAUUAGCCAUUGAAUGUCCUCCAGAUGAACUCCCGCGAAGACGUUUACCCAGAUACAUUGAAUGGUGUGCUCCUGAAACAAGUCAGUUUGAAUUUACUGAUAAAUCUGAUGUAUGGACUUUGGGGUGUAUAAUCACUAUUCUAAUAUAUAUUAAAUAUUUAUUCAAAAAUAAAGAGAUUUUAGCAGUUGAUCAACUCAAAGCAAAAGAAAAUAUAUUUCACCAUUUAUCGUCUACAGAAGAAUUAGAAACACACAAAGAACUGUUUAAGUUACUUUCUCAAAUGAUGAAAAACAAUCCAUCUGAGCGUAUAAGCUUAAAUGAUCUUUUAGACGAUUUAUAUGUUCAAGUACUUUUGAAACAUACAAAUCCAGAAUUUAUUAUGAGAGCUAAACGAUGCAUUGUAACAGUAACUGACAAACCGUUCCCAGUGAAUGAUACUAUGGAAGCAAAAAUCAAAUAUCUUCAUGUCAAUUGGCAACAUGAGAAUUGUAUUGAGAAAGCUGUUGUUUGGUUUGCAGAAAAUAUUCUGAAUGAUAAUCAUAUUAACUUAACACAUAGAUUAUCAUCUCAUUUAUUUCAGCUAAUGUAUUUACAUCAAGCUAAUUUGUCAAUUAUUACAUCAUCUUUAAAGAUAAUAAUUCAUUCUGUUGAAAAUGAACAGUUAGAAUCUAUGUUAACAUGUUCAAGACAUCCUUGUGAAGAUGUUAGUAACCGAUCUUUUUCUUCUUCUUCGUCUUCAUCAUCAUCAUCAUCUUUAUAUAAACUAUUAAAAGAAAGUAACCACUUUAAAAAGAUUUGUAAAAUAAACAAUUUAUAUCUUGUAUUAAUCAUAAUGCAAAACUAUUUACAACAUGUCAAUGUACAGAGAUUAGGCUUAAAUUUUUUCAAUUCACUUAUCCAUAGAAAUUAUUCUACAUUUAUUAAUUUAAAUAUAAUAAAUGAUUAUUUACAAAUAAAUAAUAAAAUAUUUAAAAAGCUUCAUACAAUUAAUUUAUGUCAUCAUUUGAUUGAAUUAUUAAAUUAUACAACUAAUAAAGAUAUAAUUAAAAUAGGUAUUAGUUAUUUAUGGAAAUUUUGUAUCUAUGAACCGAUUGCUCUACAAGCAGCCGAUAAAGGCGCAUUAUCUAUCACUGUGCAACUAAUGGAGUCCAAUCAUUUUGACAGUGAAGUUUUUACUAAUGGUUCUAUGAUUAUUGUAUCUUUAUUACGUAUUGAUAAAAUUAAAAGGCAAAUUACAGAAUACAAUAAGUUAAUGUAUAUUCUACUGCAUGGUUUAAUUCGAUUUAAAAAUUUACCAAUAACUAUUUGGAAUAUAUGUCUAUGCUUACAAACUGUGAUAUCUUUGUCUGAAUAUUUUGCUUUACAAUUUACUGAUGAAAUGGAAGAAGAUGAACCAAAGGACGAGAAGAAAAAUGGAUUUGAUAUAUUAUAUUUAAUUUAUAACAUACAUCCUGAUAAUACAACGAUUACUGAAGCACUACUUAAACCAAUCACAUCACUAAUGAAAUAUGACAUUUUUAAGAAAACAUUCCAACUGGUAAUGUAGAUAUUUUAAAACGGAAUACCUAGAUAUCACAGUGGAUCGCACAUUGUGUCAUUUGCCUCACAGUAAUCAACGAUGAGGAUAAUAGACUGGUUAUUGUUGAAAUCCAUGUAUGAUUAAGUGAUGUUCUAUAAAUUUUCGUUUUGAUUGUGUAAUUAUUUUUUACCAGUAAGUAUAAACUAUACAUUUUAUCAUGUACAUACGUAUUGGCAAAUCUGAACCUGGUAAUAUGUGCAUACAUAACUUGUAUUGAUUCAUUUGUACAAUCUAUUCGAAUAUACAUUUUUCAGGUUAAUGUGAAAACUAUGUUCUUUUACACUUCACUAACUAUGAUUUUAUUUCUACUACUCUCUAUGAUACCAUUACUAUAAGAUUAAUGUAUUCCUGAUAAAAAUGAAAAGAACAAAAACAACACAACUUAUUUCAAGUGAUUUAGCCAACAAAUGGUAUUAAUUUGAACAUAUAUUUCAUCACCAGCUGAUAAAAAAACAGGGUGAAAUUAACGUUUCAAAUUCCACUACAAGUCACAGUUUAUCCAUUCUAAAAGGCAAAGUACCAACUAUCCACUCUUGAUCAGUUAGAUCCACGAAGUAUAGACUGAGAGUUAGGUUUUCGUGAAAGUUGUACUAUUAUAGUAAACGAAAACAUUGGUGGGGACAAUCAAAUAUAUUUCAGUAUAACAUCACAGAAUAUCUAAGUAUCAAGUUAACGUUAUUAUUAUCAUUAUUUUUAAUACUACUAUUAUUACUUUGACGACUUUAUAACCAAAAUUUACAUGUUUAUAACCUUUUUAAAUUAAAAAAAUGUCAACGUCGCAAUAUGAUUUAACUAAUCAUGAGGGAAUUUUCGGAGUUCUAGUGAGAGCUAAGCCAUGUCUGGUAGAGACAGGUAUCUAUCUCAGUACAAUGGAAGAUGGUCCCACAAUUUCAUGGAUUGGUUGAAGUUAGACAUUAACACCACUGAAUGCAGGGUCAAUGUUCCAGAGGCUAAGUGUUCACAUGCGAGAUCGAAGGUCCUGGGUUCGAACUGUUUUGGAGCGCGAUCAUGGAUGCGCACUGCUGAGAAGUCCUGUAAUAAAACUAAACAACUAUUCAGUGCUUCCAGGUUUUCAUUGAAAUAAAAGCACAACACAAUAUACUGAACAUAUUCGUGAUAACAGAACAAAGUGAAAACGAUAUCCAAAAAGACUUCAAUAAAAUGAUUUUAGUUUUCUUUUAGUAGAUUUUUAUUUAGAUUUUCAUAAUGUUCGGUAUAGAUUUUUGAAUUUGUUUUUUUUUCCAACACUAUGUACUACCAAACGGUAGAUUAUCAUUACUUCCAGUCAAUAUUCAUUUGUUAUUUGAAUUAGUCAUUAUUGCGUUUUGUUCAAUAUCCAAUUGUUUACUUCAAGGUGGUUAUGAUUUUAAUGAUUAAAAUAAACCUAAACAGAUAACUUUCCAGUCAUUUUUCAAUAUUCAUAUUCUUGAAAAAUCAAUCAGAUGAUAGACAAUGAUAGAUAACAAAUUUAGAAAGUUAUCACGGAGACAAACAUCAAUAUUGUCUCUUCAUCAUUAUAUAUUUAUUUUAUGGAAUCUAUUACACGAGUUUAUUAUCAAUGUUUUCAGAUAGCCUUUCUAUAGUUACUAGAAUGAGAAUGGUAUUAUUAGAACGAAAAGUCUUAUAGAUAAUGCAAAGAAUCUGCUAAAUACAAUGGAAAACUGAAAUGCUUGGAAAAUAAACAUUUUAAUUCUGUUUAAUAGAACAAAUAAUAAUUAUGCAAAUAAAUCUAUUUGUUUAGUAUUUAAAACAUACUUUUUGAUAGUCAUAUUUUUUGAUGAUUAAGCUUAUUUCACCGUCUUCAAAAUAAUGCAAUAUUUUCAAUUGUUUAAUAAUUGAAUUCAUGAGUCAAUUGCAGCUUGAUCACCAUGGAAAAAACUGGAAGUACGGGACGGUCGUUUUACCUUGGUAUAGGACUCCUCAGUAGUGCAC